GUGACGUCACCGCGUCAAGCCCGAGCCGCAAGUUGUAAACAGAGCGCGUGAGAAAGUGAGGGAGAGCGCGCGCUGAGGGAUCACGCGCGAGAUUUCUUCCCACCUGGCCAGUUACUCAGGGGUGCACGCGGGAGGAAUGGCAUAUCUUAUGGCAGCCUUCUCAGUCAGCAAUACUGUGACCAACUCUAUCAUAAUGAACACCAAUGGACCUCCUGAUCUCAUGUUGGACACCAGGACAGUGUGUGUUUCCAUUGAUGAUGUAAUGACCAAUCACACUGGCAGCCAACAGACCCCACUGUUACAUGCACACCUGAAAAAAGUGGAGAACAACCUAACAGAGGCACAGUGCUUCUCUUACCUGCCCCGCAGACUAGCAGUCAAUAUUGAAUUCAGAGACCUCUCAUACUCAGUUCCUGAGGGACCAUGGUGGAGAAAGAAAGGUUACAAGACCCUGCUGAAAGGCAUCUCUGGCAGCUUUACCAGUGGAGGUCUAGUGGCCAUCAUGGGGCCCUCAGGAGCAGGGAAGUCAACGCUUAUGAACAUCCUGGCAGGAUAUAGGGAAACAGGAAUGAAAGGAGAUAUCUUCAUAAACGGGCAGCCCAGAGAUCUGAGGUCCUUUAGGAAAGUGUCUUGUUAUAUUAUGCAAGAUGACAUGCUUCUGCCACACCUGACGGUCCAGGAGGCCAUGAUGGUGUCAGCUAAUCUGAAACUACAGGAAAAGGAAGAAGGCAGGAGAGAGAUGGUGAGCGAGAUCUUGACUGCACUUGGCUUGUUGGAAUGUGCUAAAACACGCACAUCUAACCUCUCUGGCGGCCAGAGGAAGCGCUUGGCAAUCGCCUUGGAACUUGUCAACAACCCACCUGUCAUGUUUUUUGAUGAGCCCACAAGUGGACUGGAUAGCUCCUCCUGUUUCCAGGUGGUCUCACUGAUGAAAGCUCUGGCUGAAGGAGGCCGAACAGUUAUCUGCACCAUUCACCAGCCCAGUGCCAAAGUCUUUGAGCUCUUUGACAAACUUUAUGUUCUGAGCCAGGGUCAGUGCAUCUACCAGGGGAAAGUAUCAAACCUAAUCCCCUAUCUAAGGGAACAUGGACUCAACUGUCCUACAUAUCACAACCCUGCUGAUUUCAUAAUGGAAGUGGCCUCUGGAGACUAUGGUGACCACAUGGCUCGGUUGGUGAAAGCUGUUAAUGAGGGGAAGUGUGAGAAAGAUUAUAAAAGUGAGAUGAAUGGUGAUGGGGCUCUGAACUCCUUCUUUUGGCAUAAACCAUCUGAUGAGGACUCCUCUUCCACUGAAGGCUGUCACAGCUUCUCUGCCAGUUGUCAGACGCAGUUCUGUAUCCUCUUUAAAAGAACAUUCCUAAGCAUCAUGAGGGAUUCGGUGUUGACCCACCUGCGCAUCACCUCUCAUAUCGGAAUUGGGCUCCUGAUAGGGCUUCUGUACCUCGGCAUCGGAAAUGAGGCCAAGAAAGUCCUCAGCAACUCUGGUUUCCUUUUUUUCUCUAUGCUCUUCCUCAUGUUUGCUGCUCUGAUGCCCACUGUGCUUACCUUUCCUCUUGAGAUGGCUGUCUUUUUGAGAGAACACUUAAAUUACUGGUACAGUCUGAAGGCGUACUACCUAGCAAAGACUAUGGCCGAUGUCCCAUUCCAGAUUGUAUUCCCAGUGGCAUACUGCAGCAUUGUUUAUUGGAUGACCUCUCAACCAUCAGAUGCUGUUCGGUUCAUCCUCUUCUUGGCUUUGGGUACGCUGACGUCGUUGGUGGCACAGUCUUUGGGUCUCUUGAUUGGGGCAGCGUCUACAUCAUUGCAGGUGGCCACUUUUGUAGGGCCAGUGACUGCCAUACCUGUGCUGCUAUUUUCAGGCUUUUUUGUCAGUUUUGACACCAUCCCAAAAUACCUCCAGUGGAUAUCUUACAUUUCCUAUGUCAGGUAUGGUUUUGAAGGAGUUAUCUUGUCCAUCUAUGGGCUGGACCGUGAGGACCUACACUGUGACAAAGAUGAGACAUGCCACUUCCAAAAAUCCAAGGCCAUUUUGAAGGAGCUAGAUGUUGAGAACGCUGAGUUGUAUCUGGACUUCAUUGUGCUGGGCAUCUUCUUUGUCUCCCUGCGUCUUAUUGCCUACUUUGUCCUCCGCUACAAAAUCAGUGCAGAGAGGUAGACAGCAAGACAGUAACAACUUUGACAAGACUCUUACACCCUAGGAAGAGUGAGCAUAGAGAUCCAAAGUGGGUGAUUCUUUCUUCACACUGCGAAAAGGGCUGCUAUCUUUGUGGAGGUCCAUCACAAACAGGACAGCAAUACACUGAACAGUUUAGACUACUGACAUUCGGUGCACUAUUUUGCACUAAAAAAGACAUGGAUAUCCGUAUGGAUUAACAAUAUAAGUAUAUGUACAUGUGACAAUCUACAGUUGGUUUGAACACUUAUCAGGGAGUUGGACUUAUAUCCUGUCUUGUGUUAUGCUGUGUACAUUGUAUGUAUAAUUCUGUCUGCCUGGGUAUGAUGGAUCCUAUCUUUAAUAAAUAGGAUAUAAGAAUAAUAAUUAGACAAAUAGGAAAGAGUUUCACAAUUUUAAGAGCUGGUCUCUACUAGUUAAUGCAAAAACUGAUUCAGGACACUGCUAUUUUAGGUUACUUUAUUGCAGUUAAAUGUCAUCAACAGUACCAAAGAACACACCAAUCUGCACUUCAAUUAACAGCCGCACACAAGCUAUAAUUACCUUUCCAGCUUUAAUGCUUUUUUAGGCUAAUGACAGAAAUCUGUUCAAUAAUAAAUCUGUGUUACACUAUAAAUUGUAUUUCACUAUUUAUGGACAUACAAAUUCUUAAAAUGCAUUUGAUUCUGGACAGCAAAGUGUGGAAGCUCAUCAACAGAACCCUCUUUAUAACUCAGUGACCAGCCUUCCUUGGAUGGAGGAUGCUAUGUCUACCGUAAUGUCUGGGACGUUUUUCCAGGCUGAUACUGACUUGGGAGUUGAACCACUACAUUAAACUCUGGCCUUAGUAGCAUCCUGAAUCCCAAAUGAGACAGAAUUGGCCUUGGCCGGCUGGCAUGCUCUGGCAGGCUCUGGCAGGCUCUAAACUAGCUGUGACUAGUUGUAAUGUGGCCCAAGUGGGACUGGGUAGUGAUUUGCAGCCUAAUGCAUUGUUUUAUGGAAUUCACAUCUAUAGCCAUGCAAUCUCCCAAUGCCAUUGAAAUUCAGUGACUGGAUCCAAAUCACUAUAUUGAUGACCGUAAAACUCAUACACAAUCAAUAUCCUCAUUGAGUCUGUAAUAUACCUGAAUAACACAUUCACAUACCAAAGUACCUUAAUUUAAUAAUAUUCUUAAUGGGGACUGAAAUACACCUUCUUAAACACAGCUGCAUCUUGCUUUGGAAGCUUAUCAAUUACACUGUGUGCACAAUGUACCAAAUUGAGUAUAUGAGUUAGGUUAAUGUGGCCACAAGGUGAAGAAAUCAUAGAAUACACAAUAUUUACUCUUUGUGCUGAAUUUGCUAUUUUGAGUUUUCAAAUGAAUAAAGAUUGUGCCCACAUUAAGUUUUACCAAAAAGAAAACACACAGAAUAAAAUAUACCGAUCUACACAAAAUAUUUCUUAAGUUACUUACAUAAAAAUGCUGCUUGCAUGUCAAAAAAUGUAACCUUUUGAAAACCAUCUUAAAACAGGACUAGCUAUUUGUAAAUUAGCCUGAUUCAUAUUGAUGUCAAAUGAUCACUAGAGUUUUUUUUUUUUUUUUAAUUUUGUCUAAAGCAUGCACCCAUGCUAAUAAUGCAGAUGGACCUUAUUAAAUUGGCAUCUUAAGUACAUUUUGAGUGUUUGCCAGGGUACUGACAUUCCACAUUAAUGUUUUAUUAAAUGUCCAUGUUAUGUCACAGCAAUCUGUUUUCAAUCUGGAAACACUUAUAUAGAAAAAAAAAAGAUUUUUCUGAUAUGUUUGUAAUGUUUUGUAUGAUUUAUAAUGCUAGGUUCUCUUGACUAAUUUUAAUACAGACAGCUUUAACAAAAAUGACAUUUAUUUAUCAUAAUGAGCUGGUUGUGACACAAAUGUAGGAAUGAAUACAGAGCAGUUAUGAGAAUAUCAGCAUAUUAUCUACCAAGAACCUUUAUCUCAAUCUUUGGAUUUUUGCAUUUAUUUCACUGUUAAAAGUUUUUGAUUGACAGGCACAGGAUAUAAUACAUGGUUAUCAAUUCAGGAAAAAAAAAACAGUUGACAAUUCUGGGUAACUGAAACAAAUAUGUUUUGCCAGGAGUUGAUAUUCCCAUUUUACAUGAAACAAGAUUGUUAUAACCCAAGUAUUACAACUGUGUUACAUAUGUAUAUAAAAUAUUUGCUGUGGACCUUCAUGUGGAAAUAUUAAUCCAAUCAUUGAUUUUACAUAUUUUUUAGAUACAAAAUGGUCUUCUUUCAGGUUUUGGUAGGUUUGUCUAGGAGUAUCUGUCUUGCAUUUUUCUUUGUAUAUUGCCUGCAUAUUAUUCUUGGUUUUUUUUUUUUUUAUGUUUAUUUAGAACUUGCACACACCAUCUAAACCUCCUGAUAGUUUUAACUGUUUUCCUUUAAGUCAUUGGGGCUGUAUUGUAGUAGUCAGUUCAUUUUUCAAGGGAAUGCAUGUUGCUUUUCUGUGAUGUUUUAACAGGGUAGAAUAAUAAUAAAUUUGAAUUAUUUUAAAAACUAUGUCUUUUGUACUGUCUUUUACAGUUCUUUUUCUAAUUGUAAGUAAAACCAACUGUAAGCUCUCAUAGUAUUAUGCAAAUACACACCUUAACUUGAGACAUAGGUAGAACCAUAAUACAAGAGGUUUCAUGAUAAACACAGUAAUAAACAAAAUAGAAAGACAAUUGUUUCAUUCAUACUUUACAUUCUUUUUUCAUGCAUUACAUUAACAAAUCAAUACUCAAAAAAAUAAAUAUCUUUACUAUUUGAUUAUUUAAAAGCAACUGUGAGCAAAUUAUGCAUAUUUUUGAGAGCAGGUACUAAAAUGCAGUGUUAUUGCAUGAUCUAGCAGAUGUGAAAUCUGGAUGGGGUCCUAACGUACUAACAAGCAUAUGAUGUAGUAUUUUUAGGCCUAGGUAUACACAGGAGGAGAUAAUUUUG